ACAGAGGGGUCGGGAGAGAUGGAAGAGUCACGCCGCGAGUUGGUCGGUGAUUGCCUGAUGAGUACUGUACAUGUACGUAUACGUAGAUACACUUUCGGAAACUUGCGAUAAAUAAGUCCGGGCAGGGCAGUAGCGUGGUGCGUGGAUGUUGAAUUUGAACUGCUUUGGCCCAUUACACGGGUGUGAGCACUGAUCGCUGAGACGCUGACUAGCUCAGGCACCACCAAGCUCGCGCCGCUGCUAGCAAGUUCGAUCUUCGCAAAGCCUUCUCGAACCGCCAUGGACGCCGCCGGGUCCUCGCAGCAGCCACCGCUGCGCAUCGUGAUCGUGCCGUGGCUGGCGUUCGGCCACCUGCUCCCGUACCUGGAGCUCGCGGAGCGCCUGGCCACGCGCGGCCACCGCGUGUCCUACGUCUCCACGCCGCGGAACCUCGCGCGCCUGCCGCCGCCGCGCCCCGCCGCGUCCCCGCGCGUCGACCUCGUCGCGCUCCCGUUCCCGCGCGUCGAGGGGCUCCCCGACGGCGCCGAGUCCACCAACGACGCCCCCGACGACGACACGCGGGAGCUCCACUGGAAGGCCUUCGACGGGCUCGCCGCCCCCUUCGAGACGUUCCUUGCCGCCGCGUGCGCCCGCGACGACACCAGGCCUCACUGGGUCCUCGCCGACUGCUUCCAUCACUGGGCCGCCGCCUCCGCCCUCGUGCACAAGGUGCCGUGCGCGAUGUUUCUUGCUAGCGCUGCUAUGAUCGCUGCCUCUCCCGUGCCCCCUAGGCGGCAGUCGGUGGUGCACGCCGAGCCGGCUGUCUCUGUAGUUGAACUUGAACAGCCGGCUGCGGCCACCAUGCCCCGUUACGAGCACGACGCGGUGGCGCCGUGCUUCGACGGCCAUGGCGCGUCGGGCAUGUCCAUCGUGGAGCGCUACACCUUGACACGAGAGAGGUGCGCGCUCGGGGCCAUCCGGAGUUGCGUCGAGUGGGAGCCCGAGUGCUUCCCGCUGGUGCCGGCGCGCGUCGGCAUGCCGGUCGUGCCCCUCGGCCUUCUGCCGCCGUCGCCCGACGGAGGCCGCCGCGCCCCCAACGGAGAGGAGCACGCCACGGUGCGCUGGCUGGACGCGCAGCCGCCCAGCUCGGUGGUGUACGUCGCGCUGGGGAGCGAGGUGCCGCUGCCCGUGGAGCAGGUGCACGAGCUGGCUCUCGGGCUAGAGCUCGCCGGGACACGCUUCCUCUGGGCUCUGAGGAAGCCCAGCGGCGUCCCCGACGAGGACAUGCUUCCUCCCGGUUUCCAAGAGCGCACCAACGGCCAUGGACUGGUGACCAUGGGGUGGGUUCCUCAGAUGAGCAUACUGGCGCACGGCUCCGUGGGUGCGUUCUUGACGCACUGCGGGCGGAACUCGCUUAUCGAAGGUCUUCUGUUUGGGCGCCCUCUGAUCAUGCUGCCCAUCUUCGGGGACCAAGGGCCGAAUGCGCGCCUCAUGGAAGGAAGGAAUGUAGGAUCGCUGGUGGCAAGGGAUGAGAAUGAUGGGUCAUUUGACCGCCAUGGUGUCGCGAGUGCAGUCCGGAGUGUGAUGCUAGAUGAAGAAGCCAGACGGGGAUUCGUAGCAAAUGCCCUGAAGAUACAGAAGAUUGUGGCCGAUAAGGAACUCCAUGAGAAGUAUGUCGACGAAUUUGUACAACACCUUAGAUCUUACGCCACUCCUACCGAAGGCAUUUUCGCUACUGUUUCCCAACGUCCAACUGAGACGGACUUCGUGAGUAAGGAAUAAUCAUGUGCAUCAAUAAGGAAUGAGUCUGCCUA